UGCUCGGAAGCAGAAGGCCGUGUUCCAACGGAGAGGAGAUCUCGCCUCGGGGGAUCUUUCGUGCCCUAAGGAGAGUGCCGAGGAGCCCAGCUGAUAUCGUCUUCCCCACCCUCCAGACUCCUAAGUGGACCAUGCUGAAAGCCGUGAUCCUAAUCGGGGGUCCCCAGAAAGGGACCCGAUUCCGGCCCUUGUCCUUUGAAGUGCCCAAACCCUUAUUCCCAGUGGCGGGUGUACCCAUGAUACAGCAUCACAUCGAGGCAUGCACUAAGGUGCCUAACAUGAAGGAGAUUCUUCUGAUUGGCUUCUAUCAACCCAAUGAGGCACUCAACCACUUCCUGGUGUCUGCCCAACAAGAGUUCAAAAUCGCUAUCAGGUAUCUCCAGGAAUAUGCAGCACUUGGCACAGGUGGGGGUAUCUACCACUUCCGUGACCAAAUCCUUUCAGGUAAUCCUGCAGCCUUCUUUGUGCUCAAUGCUGAUGUCUGCUCUGAAUUCCCUCUCGAAGAGAUGCUUGCCUUCCAUCGUCAGCGUGGCAGUCCCGACAGCUUCCUCAUGCUGGGCACCACGGCCAAUAGGAAGCAGUCGCUGAACUAUGGCUGUAUUGUGGCAAAUGCUGACACACACGAGGUCUUGCACUAUGUGGAGAAGCCCAGCACUUUUGUGAGCGAGCUCAUCAACUGUGGCAUCUACCUAUUUACCCCAGCCAUCUUCCAUCACAUUGGGGAAGUCUUCCAACGUAACCAGCAGGAGUUGCUCUUAGAGGAGAGCACAAAUGGUUGGCAGCGGGCUGAGGCCAUCCGACUGGAGCAAGACAUCUUUACAGCCCUUGCUGGGCAGGGACGCCUUUUUGUCUACAAAACGGAAGGGUUCUGGAGCCAGAUCAAAUCUGCUGGCUCUGCCAUCUAUGCCAAUCGUCUCUAUCUGAGCUGCUACAGCCAGUGCCAUCCGGAGAGACUUGCCCAGAACCAACCCGGUGGCCCCAGCAUCCGAGGGAAUGUCUAUAUUCAUCCAAUGGCCUCAGUGGAUGCCAGUGCUGUGCUGGGUCCCAAUGUCUCCAUCGGGAAAGGAGUGACCAUCGGUGCUGGAGUCCGAGUGCGUGAAUCCAUCAUUCUGCAUGGGGCCUCUCUCCAGGACCAUACCUGUGUGCUGAACAGCAUUGUCGGCUGGGACAGCACGAUUGGACGCUGGGCUCGUGUGGAGGGCACCCCCAGUGACCCCAAUCCAAAUGAUCCCUAUGCAAAGAUCGACAGCGAGACCCUCUUUCGAGAUGGCCGCCUGACUCCAUCCAUUACUAUUCUGGGGUGCAAUGUGACCAUUCCUGCCGAAGUGGUCAUCCUGAACUCCAUCGUGCUUCCUCACAAGGAACUCAGCCGCAGCUUCAAGAAUCAGAUCAUUCUUUAAUAAGCCAUGAAUUCACCUCUGGUGACUUCCGGACAGAAAGUUCAAGAAAGUCAUAAUAAUGUAAUUUGUGACCAUCGGACAUCCUUUCAAGCCUCAUCCAAUCUGGGUAGUCCAAGAUCUAUGGUCUUGGUACCGUCUGCCAUGUCCUUCUGGGCUUUUUUUAGGGAAUGGGAAUAUGAGCCUCUUUCUAGGGCUGGAAGAAGUUGAGUUGCCCCCUCUUCCCUGGCUUGACUGCCAGUAAACCUCUCCAGGGAAGAGGCCUGCCUGAACUUUACCUCACUAAAGGCUGUUGACAGAGAAAGACCUGUAGCUGAGAGGACACUUCUCUGCAGGCUUCUGUGGCCCCCAGAUGCCUUUGUUCAUCCUCCAGUUAAAUCCCAUCAGUCCAAAGAGCUCCUUUCCUGCAGCUCACAUGGCAAAAAGGCCUGUAAUUCUCCCUUCCCUUCCAUGUAGUGUCGCCUUUCUCCUCUGGCACUGCCAUGUGUACUUGCUCACUAAGGAAAUUGCCAGAUGCUGGUUGUUUGUGAGGCAGAGGAAGUGAUUUGUUUCCAUAAUUCUAUCUAGUACAACACGCGGCAAAUUGAAACCUUGAAACGAAUGAGAAAGUGUUGGUAAGAAAUCACCAAUAAUAAAACAUACAUUGUGGAAAGGUUUGGGUAUAUUGCCUCAUCCCAGUGAAUGGAAUGGCUUCCCAUAAGGCCUGGAGCAAAAGCUGCUUGUCAGAGGUCCAAAUAAUACAUCCAUAGCAACCCUGAAGCUGACCUGGCCAUUUUGAGGCUUCAGUGUUGCCUCUGCUACUAUUCAGAGGCUUUUGGGAAAGGGAGCCGAUGGGGACUCCCAACACAGGAAGUUUCUACAUUGCAGAUAGAUUCAUUUGGUGUCCAACUUCUCUUUCGUUUCUCUGGAGAAAGAAGACCUUAUCCAUCAGUUUUACCUUUCCAUAAAAGAACCGAGUUUGCAAAAACAAUGCUUCUUUAUUAUUAUUUGGAGGAAAAAUAUCCUUUGAAAAACAUAGCAGGUUGGGAGAAAUUUAUCUCUCUUUCCUCUCCACCCUUUGUUAUCCAUGUGGUAAGCAGGAAAGUUGAAAGAAACAUGCCUAGAAAAACCCUGUUUUUGCAAGGAUUCUCUGUGUUAUCAUCUCUGUGCUAGCAAUGAGAAUAUGAAUGAAUGGUCACCCUGGUUUAACUCUCAUCAUGUUCAGUGGUGAAACGGGGGAGGUUAGUUUAACCCUGUACCCUCCAGGGCUUUCUGGGUUAAAUCUAAUCAAACAUGGAUUGGCUUUUUUGAGUCCCUGUAAUAAGCUAAUCGAACCCCACUAACCUCUCAAAUGCUUCAAAGUGAUGUUUCCCAGCAAACUCCUUUCCCUGCAGAAUCCUGUGUCCCAAACAGCUGAAAUCAAUAUCUGUCCCUUGAACUGGUUUGUGCUGAUCCAUCUCUGCUGGUUUUUCUGUGAGUCCCACCAGGGAGCCCCCUGGCGUGUUCAUUGGAUACCCAUUUAUCAAGAGAGGAUUUAUCUUUCUCCUGCUACUGGAAGCAUGAUUUUCUUUGUAGUUGGUUAAUGGCAAAGGGAACCCGAUAAUGGUAAAUUGGCAACUUUA